CAUCACAACGCGGCUUCAUCUUCUAUUUUCGUUUCUGUCCAGAAUCCAAGUUGAUGUUUGAUGCCAGAAUUGUUUUCAAUGAUAUGUCGUCAUUUGAUCUUUAAUGUUUAAAUUCCGGUUAUUUUUUUAACCAUUUCAAACAACUUUUGAAAUGUGAUUGUGUCAGUGAACCAGUGUUUACAUCUCUCGUUCCAGAGUCACAUGUUGCAGCAUGUUUUCAACUUUUCAGAAGAUAAACAUUGGGUUCUCGUGCUUAGAGCCAUGCAUGAACCGAUUUGACCGGUUUUGAAAUGGCCAAUUUUAAAUUGAUAUAAUAGAUACAGACAAUUUCAAUAUGGAUGAAUGUCAACCUCAGGUUUUGUUGAUGCAGAACGUUCAGGAUCUACGAAGAAGAUUGCGAGAGACGGAGAGACAUCUGAACAAACUGUCAAAAAUAGAAAGAACGGACGAUGAUGACCUUGAUUCGGUGACCAGUAUACCAAUGUCCGAGAGGCUCCAUAUGUUUGAUCACCUUCAGUUUCCUAAUAAGGAGAUGAUGGAUGUGGAUGAUAGGGAAAGUAUCCAAUCAGGACUGGCAACUCUUCCAGAUUCGUCCUACGCAGGAUUUGAAAGAAUACAACCACCAUCCAGUACGCCAAAUAGACCACAGACAUCUAGAAGAACAGAAAGCCAGGAGAAGCCGGGCGUGUACAGGGAACCUCGGCCUCAGCAGAGCCUGUAUCGACCAGAACCAGAGGAGGCCCGCUACCUCAAGGAGGCAAACAGGAAACUGCUUCAACAGAACCAUAAACUGCUGGCAGAGAUAGAAAAGUGCAGUCAAGAGGUCAACAGCAGCAGGGUCAAGAUAGAAGAACUAAGCAAUGAGUUGGACGAAUACCGACAAUCCAUUCCAGACCUAGAGGACAAGAUCGUAGGACUACAAGCAGAGACAGAGGCACAGGAUAAUGCUCUAAUGAGUGCAGAGGAGAGGUAUGAGAAAUGCCAGAGACAGGCCAACAUUUACCAUCAAAAAUGUAAACAACAUGAACAAGAAAUAGAGGAAGUUAAAGAGGAGAUCACGCAGGAAAGAAAGAAGAGAAAAGGAGCUGAAAGCCAGCGAGAUGAGGCUCUGUCCAACUUUUUGGAAGCUCAGGAAACUCUUGAGGAAUACCAAAAGAAAUCCAAGGAGAGAAUGAAAAAGAUGGAGGGCACUGAGGACUACCUGAGAGACAGUCUGGCUCAUGCAAACCAGGAGCGCGGAGAUCUGCUGGAGAGAGUCAACCUCCUGCAGUCCAAGUCAAAAUCUCUGCAUGAGGAGGUCAGGAGACUGGAGACGGUGGAGGAGGUAGAACUGGAUAGUCGACAAGACAUGGAGCAUCAAAAUAUGGACCUGAGGUCACAGCUGGCCAAGGUCACAACUCAACUCAAUGAAAUGGAGUCUGAAAGUAUGCACAAUGAGAGUUUGAGGAGAGAAAACGUCCGCCUUAAAGGCCAUAUCGAUGGUCAGCAGCAGCAACUGAAUACAUGUCAACAAGAAAUUGAAGAAAGUCGCACCAUGUUGGCCCAACUAGAACAACUAGCACAGCAGGUCCAAAACCAGUCCCAGAAAGCCAACACAAGUUUCAAUGACAGUGGAAUGUUCAGUGUGCAACCCUCUAGUCCCUCCAGUAAAGACAACGCCUCAACCUCCUUCCGAUCUGUCGACAAAACUGGAGCAUCUGGCUCAGCGGGCGGGGCACAGGCCAUCUUACAGGACCUCAGGAUGAGGCUCGCAAUGAAAGAUGCAGAGAUUCAGAGACUUCAGGCUGACAUACAGGCCAAGGAAGUGAGCAGCCAGACCCAGGUUAUUGAGAACCUUCACAGAGAACUCACUGCCAUGGUGCAGAGCAACAAACAAGGAAUGACCAAAGCACAGGAGCUGGAGGCAGUCAUAAGCCACAUGGAAAUAGAGAAAGCCCGGCAGACGAAACAAGUGUCCGACCUUCAGCGAGAUCUUGCUGACAAAGACGCUCAUGUAACAUCAAUGGAGGGCCGUGUUAACCACCACAAUGUCCAGCUGAUCGACCUUCAGGAACAAAUCAACGAAAAGUGUACAGUCACCACCAACAUAGAGCGGGAGCUUCGAAAGAAGACUUCCCAGAUGGCAAGUUUGGAAGAACAGCUAGAUGAAAAGACUUCUGCUUUGUCCGGGACAGUGGGCAAACUUCGGGAGUUGGAGGAGGAUUGUCGGGAAUACCAGGAAGAAGCAAGCAAAUUGAGGACGGAACUUCAUGGAAAGAAAGAGUCACUUCAUCAAACCUCAAGUCUGGCCGAACAGAACCAGCAGAUUCACCGUGAACAGUGUCGAGACUAUGAAAAACAGAUUGACAUGCUGACCCAGAAGCUGGAGAAGAAGACAAAUCGCCUUGAGGAGCUAGAGUCACAGUUAGGGUUGCUGAGGCGGGAGACGAAGGAGAAAACACAACACAUACAGCAGGUGGAGGAACUCCUCAGACAGAACCGACAGGAACUUGAUGCGAAGACGAGACAGAGCCAGCGAACGCUGCAGCAAUUAGAGCUACAGGCAAAUGAGGGGACAAGUCAGAUCAGAGAUCUUGAGUCUGCACUUCUGAUGUGUAAGGAAGAAGUAAAAACAUACAUUGAGGCCCUGGAGGAUUCCAAGGAACGUUUUGACAAAGAGCUCCAGUACAAGGAUGAAAAGAUAGUUGAGUUAGAUCAGAAGUUGAGACAGACACACAGAGACUUGGAGGUGAAGCUGAGACAAAACACAGAUCUAGAGAAGACACUGUUUGAGCACCAGACCAUGUUACAGCAGAGUACCACGAGGAUGUCAGACCUAGAGGACACACAGAUCGAGCUCAACAGACAGAUUUCCCAGAUAGAACAUCAGAUGUUAGAGGACAAAGCCCGCUACAUGACAGAAACACAAUCGCUGGAGAAAAAACUUACACAGACUUGUAAGCGAAUCGAGGAACAAACAGGGGAGAUCACUCAGCUACAACAAACUAUCAAAGGGUAUGAGGAGGAAAAACUACACCUCAAUACUGACAUACGCACGUUGGAGAACCAGAUUCAGGACGAACAAACCAGCAGUGACAGCAAGACUUACCGUGUGACUAAACUGGAGAAGGACGUCCGGGAUCUCAGGGUGGAGUUAGAGAAGAAAAUAGAAAUAAUUAACGAUUUUGAGGACCAGAUACAACAGAGAGAGGAAGACAUACAACAACAGAUGCAACUGGUGGGUGAACUUGAUGCUGAAAUCAAGCGACUACAGGUUUCCUCAGAGCAGGACCAGAUCCGUGCCUCUGAUGCCGAGGCACAGUUACAGAAAACUUUGUACGAACUCAAAGCCAAGCAGGAGAUGAUGGAGGAUAUGAAGGAGGCCCACAGGAAAACACAGGAGGAACUUAACGAUCGCAAACGAGAAGUAGGGGAGUUGAGCCAUGCCCUUCAGGACCGCCAAGCUGAGCUGCAACACCGCAUACAGCAGGUAACACAGCUGAACCAGAACAUCAAGGAGCUCCACAGCGAGAUGGAACAGCGGAUACAGCGGCUGGACAGCCAGCUCAUCAAGUACGAGAGUGAGAUCAAGGAACGCACCAUACAGAUUUCUGACCUCGAUGACAGAUUACAGUUGACCCAGACCAACCUAAAGGAGAAGGCACUACAGUUCCAGCAGGCCGACCAGCUGUCCCAGCGACAAUUCAUGGAACUGCAAUCUAAAACCAACACACUGGAAGAGCUGCAGAAGACAGUGGAGCGACAGAAGCUGCGAUUGGAGGAACAGAAAGAGGAGAAUGUGGAAAUCACACAAGAGCUCAGACUUACCAGAGAGCAGCUUCAGCAGCAGCAUGCUGAGUUUUUGUCAACACGGAGACAGUUGUCGCAGACAUCAAGAGAAAAUGAACGUUUAACUCGAGAAUUGGAGGAGGAAAUGGCUCAGCAUCAGAGCAAGGAAAACAAUACAGCACGUCUGGCAGAAGAGCUCGGGGCCAGCAAGGCACGCGAGGCUAAGGCAGAGGCUAGGGUCACGUCGGAGGUCAUCAAUCUGAGGGAGGAGCUAGCACAGACUACAGAAACAUAUGAAGAGCAGAUACAUGUGAUGAAAGAAAAAGCGAAAGAUGUAUCCUCGGACAAAAAGCAACUGGUCGUAGAACUUGAGGAGAAGGCGACACAGCUGCAGGACCUAGAGGCUCACUACCAACAGCAGUUUGAGAAGCUUCAAGAGGAUCUCAUUGUCAUCAACCAGGAGAUGGCCGCCAAGAAAAAAAUUGUCAAUGCUGCAAAUGAGUCUCUUAUUAUUAAGGAUGCUGAGAUUGCUCGAUUACAAGCCAGAAUCUCUGGGAUGGAAAGGUCGCUGGCUGCAGCAAGAUCAAUAGAGAGUUUCCAAGGUGAUAGGGCUAGUUCUGUCUUUCAAAGCUCUGUGAUGAUGUCAAGCUUUUCAGGGAAGUUAGAUUCUGAAUCAGAUGAUCCAAAUCAGUUGAAUGUUUUUCCUCGCUCGUCUGAUCAAACCAAACCAAAGCACUCUGAUGGUGGAAAUUCAGAAGAGUUGGAUAUCCCUCAACAAGAUCAAGUUAUGUCUGACCUUGAAGAUCCACCAAGGUCAAAUCGUAUGGAAAAAGUGACUAUAACCAAUCAAAACCAACAUACUAAAACUGAUGUUGCAUCUAAUAGCAAUGGGCAUGGACCUGUAAGAAAGUUAAACUAUAACGAUUCUAACAGUAUUCAUCAACUUCCAUACAACCAAGGUCAGAGGUCAAAUAACAUGCAUCAGAGAUUCCCACAAGGUCAACCUGUUCCGAGUAGUCAAACACAAGCACCACCUAUGAGGAAAGGGAGGCAAUCAGAUCAAUUUCCUGGAGAAUUUGAGAAGGAGCCCACUACAGCCAUGAUGAUGUAUGGUCAGAGUCCUGCAGAUGACCAGCUCAUUAUGGAUACAGAGUAUGGUGACCAGUAUUUCAAUGACCGUGCUCAAGGUCAGAUGGAACCAGAACAAUGCAUGCAAGAACUUCAAGAGAGGCUACGAGCCAAUGAAAUCCGUCAAAAGUUGAUAGACAAACAGCUUCAGUGUCUGGAUGAUGAUGAUUGAAGGAAGAAUGGAGGAUGCUUCAGGUGUAUGGACGAGUGAGGAGUGAAUGAAAACCAGGACAAAUGACAUUUUUAAAAAUGAAUUGUUUGUUUAAAACUAUAAUAGCAUAUAUGUUAAUACUUAAUGAAAAUUUACUAGUAUAUAUGACUGUGGCUGUGCUGUGUUUUGGUGGAGGUUCCAAAAUACAACAGAAAUCAUGAAUGUAAAAAGAGUGUAAAAGAGCUUGCAUUUUGCAUCAUAUUGAGCUGACAAGUUGUCAGACUUAAGUCUUUCCUAGCAGUGCUGUGGAAGGGGUUGUUGGUGGUAGGGGAGGGGGGCCAAAGUGUUAAGACAAGACGGGUUACAUCAUAUACAGUUCUGUGUUCCGUUGUAUUGUUUGUGUUCAGUUUAUCGUGUCGCCUUUUAUGAAGUCAUCAACAAAAAAACACAAUAGGCAACAAGUUGGUCUCAUAAGGAAUGGUUGUUUUACUCAGCAACAUCAGUUUCUGGGAGAAAGUAAAUGUGCAUGACUAAAUUUCUGAUGUUGUUUAAGCCAGAGUAUUUGAAAACUGCAAGAUUAUAACACUUGGGUGGAAAAUUGAGUAGAAAAAGACAGGAUAGAUCAUGAGUUAUUCCCUCGUCAGCCCUUACUCACCUUGGUUAACUCCAUACUCACCCAUGCCAGAAAACCCCAUCCUCAAUGGGUUAGGCUCACUAAUGUUCUCUGGCGCCCUGCAAUAUGUCAUAGCAAAAUUAAAGGCACACAGCUGGCCAUUUGAUUGGUGUCGGGUGAAAAA